AUGGGAAGAGCUCCUUGCUGUGACAAGGCAAAUGUGAAGAAAGGACCAUGGUCUCCUGAAGAAGAUGCUAAACUCAAAGAAUUUAUCGAUAAAUUCGGCACUGGUGGGAAUUGGAUUGCUCUUCCUCAAAAAGCAGGUCUGAAAAGAUGUGGAAAGAGUUGCAGAUUGAGGUGGCUUAAUUAUCUGAGGCCUAAUAUAAAGCAUGGAGAAUUUUCAGAUGAAGAAGAUAGAAUUAUAUGUACACUCUAUGCAAGCAUUGGAAGCAGGUGGUCAAUCAUAGCAGCCCAAUUACCAGGAAGAACAGACAAUGAUAUCAAAAACUACUGGAACACAAAGCUCAAGAAAAAAAUCAUCAUGGGUACCUCCAAAUUAUAUUCACCCAACAACAACACAUUUCAACCCCAACUAUCAAGCCAAAUUUACACCCCAAUCCAUCACAACUAUCAAAACUCAUUCUAUUUGCAGUCAAGCCCCCGAAACCUAAAUUUCAUGAUGUCCCUCAACUAUCCCAAUUUUCCACUACCAACCCCUCAAAACCCUAACUAUUACUUCCAUCAGGACCAAAAUGUUAGCAAUUUGGUAGAUUUUCAGUACAAUAAAUUUCCCGGGAAAUCCGAAAGCAGCGGCAUUAACGACAAUAAAUUGCUAGCUUUCGGAGGGAAAAUCGAAACGAGCCAUACGUCUUCGUCGGAGGGGAGCUCCUCUAACAAAAUCGGCCAUCAUACCGUGAAAACGGAAGAUCUAAUGGCCGGCUGUGAUGAUUUUCAUGGCUUUUUAGCUGAAAAUUAUGAUAACGCGGCAUUUGGUAAUCUGCCAAACAGGGCCUUAGAGUGUGAUGAUCUGGCGCAGGUCAAGGGGCUCGCGAGCGCUGGAGCUAAUAAUUAUGGCGGUAAUUUUUUGCUGGGUGAUGUUAUUAACCGUGAAGAUGACGGUGAAAACGAGGGUUUUUACUAUUAA